UUUCUCACUCUCUCGUAGUGCCUCUCCUUUCGGUGAGAGUCCGACCGUCAGUCCUCAAGCAAAACCUAAGAGGCGAAAAAACACCAACCAAGCAUGCCCAUAAGCAGCGCCUCCAGCAUGCUCCGCCAGCGCCUGGUGGGAGCCCUGCGUAUCCGUGGCGGCGCAUCCACCACAGGAUCGAGCCGGUGGACGAGCCCGGGGCACGAGGAGCGGCCGAAGGGAUACCUCUUCAACCGAACGCCACUGCCACCGGGCCAGUCGCGCAAGUGGGAGGACUGGGAGCUGCCCUGCUACAUAACCAGCUUCCUCACCAUCGUUAUCCUCGGCGUCGGCCUCAACGCCAAGCCCGAUCUCACCAUCGAGACCUGGGCUCACCAGAAGGCCCUCGAGCGUCUCCAGCUCGAGGCCUCCUCCUCUUCCGGAUCAUCUGAAUCCGAGUGAGUCUCCGAUCUUCUGGGUGGUAUGGUCAAUUCGGAUCCACAUGCUGCUUCUUUUUUUUCUUCUCUGAUUUUGAUGCUAAUGAUAAUGGCGACGAUGAUGACGAUGAGGGUUUUUGUUUAAAGUGCUGGGGUUGGGAAGGAACGGGGGCUCUGCUCUUUCUGUGGUUGUUUAUAUUAUGGUAUGUAGUUGAAAUAAAGGUUGUUUUGACUUUUACUGUUUAAUUGGGAUCUUUCUCUGAAGCUUUAUCAAUGUUUAUUUACUGGCUAUUUUUUGGUUA